AUGCGGUAUCCUCUCGAUUCGUCCCGUCUCCUCCUCGCCUUCGUGCUUCUCUUCUCGCGGCUCGUCUGUCUCCAUCUCCCUUCUGUCUCCGUCGAUGCCGUGCUCCACUCUUCUUCCUCUUCCUUUGUGGGACCUCUCACCAUGCCUGCGUCCGUUGCGCCUUCUGGCCGCCCCGUCUCCCCUCACUACGCGCCGAACCAGGUACACGCCAGUGAAGCAUCUUUCGCCGCGACGACCGCCGCUCCUACCCUGCCUUCUGGUGUCUCGCUCGCUUCCUCUCUCAGCGCAGCAGCCGAGGAGCGAGGCAGGCGCGCAGGAAGGAAAGGGCGUUCGCGAGCCCUAGGCUUCCUAGCCUCCUCGUCUCCGUUUUCUCACAGCUGCACCACAGAGCAAGCGGGUCAGCUAUUCUCCGGAGAUGCGAAGGUCAGCGCACUCAGGAUCCAGGCCUCGACGUCUCGCGUUGGCCGCGAGUUGGCCUCUUCUCUGCGUUCGCAGGCGUCGGAGCCAGAAAUUCGACAGCUCGCUGCAUCACCGAUCUUCGGAGCUGCCAAGACGUUCUCGUCUUCCUGUCCUUCGUGUUCGUCCCCUUCUCGUACCUCUUGUGCUUCGCAUCCUAGCGCGCUCCUGCCUGACGUCUGUUCCUUCGUUUCUUCCCAAAGAAGGGCGCGAGGGGUCCCUGGGGACAAUCGGGGCGUUGGCGCCCAACGCCAGAGCCGGCUGGCCGGUGCGCCUGGCCAGCGUCUCCGCGCCUCUGCGGGCCAGCCCGGCGGGGCGAAGGGACAGGCUCGCGGGAUGAAACCGAAGGGCGGGAUGCACCAAGAGCCUCUGCGGGGACGGUUAGAAGACGACGAAGAGGAAGAAGACGAUUAUGAAGAGGAAGAAGAUGAGUAUGAUGACGAAAGUGAAGACGAAUACGACGACGAUGAGGAAUAUGACCCGAUGACGCCGCGUGGGCCUCUCGACAAUAACAACUACGGCGAAGUUUGGCUCCCCAUUCAAGCGCGCCCUCGACGAAAUCGGAAAAACCGGGCUGUCCGCCAGCUCGUCCAGGAGAACCUGGUCAAACCCUCAAGUCUCAUCUACCCCCUCUUCAUCCACGAUGAGGAAACGAGUGUGCCGAUUCCGUCGAUGCCCGGCCAAAAGCGUCUGAGUAUGGCAGAUCUUCUGAAGGAGGUGGGAGAGGCGCGGAGCUACGGCAUCAAGGCCUUCAUGCUUUUCCCCAAAGUCGGCGAUGAUCUCAAGACGGUUAUGGCUGAAGAGAGCUACAACCCCGACGGCCUCAUGCCUCGCGCCCUCAUGGCUCUGAAGGAAGCAUAUCCAGACGUCCUCCUCCUGGCUGACGUCGCACUGGACCCUUACAGCUCGGUUGGUCACGACGGUGUCAUGGACGAAGAAAGCGGGAAGAUUGUGAACGAUCUAACAGUGCACCAGUUGUGCAAACAGGCGAUCGCGUUGGCACGGGCUGGGGCAGAUAUGGUUUGCCCGAGCGAUAUGAUGGACGGCCGCGUCUCGGCGAUUCGCGAAUCCCUCGACAUGGAAGGCUGUACAGACACCAACAUUCUAGCGUAUUCAUGCAAAUACGCCUCGUCGUUCUACGGCCCUUUCCGUGACGCCUUGGACUCGCACAUGACCGGCGGAACGGACAAAAAGACGUAUCAGAUGGACCCAUCUAAUUCACGCGAAGCAGAGAGGGAGGCAGAAGCAGACGUCACGGAAGGCGCGGACAUGUUGAUGGUGAAGCCAGGCCUGCCGUACCUGGACAUUUUGGCAAAGAUUCGCGAGAAAACGAAACUCCCCAUGGUUGCGUACCACGUCUCGGGCGAGUACGCCAUGCUGAAGGCUGCUGCCGAGAAGGGCUACAUCAACGAGAAGGAAGUCGUCCUGGAGGUUCUGAAGAGCUUCCGACGGGCCGGAGCGGACGCGAUAGCCACCUACUACGCUAAGGAGGCGGCGAAAUGGAUGGCAGAGGAUAUGAAAGGAGCACAAAAGUUCACGGAACCGUGCUACUAA